AUGAAUCCUCCUUUCUUUUCUGAUGUGUUUAAAGACACCAAUGAUCUCUUAAGCAAAGAUUUUUAUCAUUUAACACCUCUAUCACUCGAUAUCAAGACAGUGGCAAGAAACGGUGUAAAUUUCAAUAUUAACGCGAGACAACCAGUUAAAGAUGGUCCAUUGAGUACAAAUUUUGAAUCUAAGUAUAUUGACAAAUCUACUGGUAUUGCCUUAACUCAAACUUGGUCAAAUAGAAAUAAAUUGAAUUCAAAGAUCGAAAUUAAUGAUAUCACACCUGGUUUAAAAACUGAAUUAUCAAGUUUUUUCAAUCCAAACUUGUUUUUAGGUAAAGAUGUUGCCGCUGACAAGGAUAAAAAUGUAAACUUAAAUGUAAAUUUUAUUCAACAUUUUUUUACAGCAAGAGGUAAUUUCAAUUUCUUAAAUGGUCCUCCAAAUUUUACUGGUGAUUUCACACUGUAUCGCGAUGGUUUCGUUUAUGGGUCUCAAUUGAAAUAUAAUAUCAACCAAGGGUCGAUUUCCGAUUAUGCAAUGGCGGUGGCAUAUAAGACCUUGGAUUAUUCCAUAGGAUUACAAGUUGAUGAUAAACAAUUAACUUCUCUAUCUUUCAAUCAAAUUUUGAAUCCAAACUUACAAAUAGGUUCUCGUGCAAUACUAGAUCCAAAAUUCAACUCAAACAAAGUAAAUCUUGAAUUUGUCACCAAAUAUUUGAUUGACGUUAAUUCGCAAAUCAAAUUAAAAGUCUCCGACAGUGGUAGCGUAGCAAUGGGUUACAAACAGGCUUUAAGACCAGGUGUUACUCUAGGUUUAGGUGCUUCAUUUGAUGCUUUGAACUUAAACGAACCGGUCCAUAAACUUGGUUGGUCACUAUCUUUUGAUGCUUGA